ACACGCAGAAAGAAAUGGAACGGAUACGAACCAAACACAUCAAUAAGAAUAAAAAGUAACGUCCAAGAUAAAUAUUACAAAUACAAUUAUCCGAAUUAUUCGCAAAAAGAAAAACAGAUAGUCGCAAGGGAAAAAGUAUUGAGUGAAGCUGUGGAAGAAA